UACAGUUUGCUACACAUUUGUGCAAAAUCAUCGUUUCCAUAACUUAGAGCUCUGGUAGAAUGCCAUCGGCUCGUUAAAAUUCUACACAUCGACACUUUGUUUUCUAUACUGUCUCGUCACACAUCUAUUUGAUUAGUCGCUUCUCAUGCAGUUAUACAUUGGCUUUAUUUCUCGUUACCUGAAUCUUAGCAUUGCAUUUUCAUAGUAUAUUUAUCGGCUACUUAUUUGCUUGACUAUUUUGCUAACAGAAGUCCUGAAUCUAGGUCACCUGGCGCCGUCAUUUGUUACAUAUCACAAUUGUGCUGGUUCAUAAACCAUCAGUCUGUGUAUGAGGUGAUAAUAUAUCAGAAAUUCAAUUUGGAGAUUUUUCAUGUGACUCUAUGGAAGCCAACAUGAAGAGGGAGGAUGCUUUAGGUUCGUCCUCAAUGUCUGAUGGUAUUAAUACUGAGCAGUAUUCUGCUGCUGCAUCUUUCAGUACUUUGAUUGAUGAUGACGGCUUUGAGCGGGUAUUGACGCCAGCUGAGCGGAAGGCAUUGCGCAAAAAGGCUAAUGUUGCUGCACAGACAAAUGUAGUAUCCAUGAAUGGUGAUGUAAAAAGUGGCACUAGAGUUUUAGACUCUGUGUUCAACAAGAUAAAAUCUAGGAUGCAGAAGUUUGGUGUUGAUGUCGCAUCUUUACCCAUAACGUCUGAUAUGUCUAUUAGUUGUGAUGCCGCCGUGGAGGAUUUAAAUGAACUAAUUGAUGAAAUUGACGCUGCUAUUAAAUCAGCUCCUGGCACGGUUCCUACGCCAUUACGAUUUACCAAUCUGGAUGACCUUGACAAAACGGUGCGUGAAAUCAAUGAUAAUUUAAGGAGAUUAAAGGCUAAAAGCGGUAAGGGCCUUGUUCCUGAUAUAGACGACAUUGAGAGUGCUAUUAAGGAUAAUGAAACAUACCUAGUUUAUUUAAAGGAAGAACGCGUUAUUGUUGAGGGAUAUCAACGUAUGAAAACAUUUCAGAAUAAGUUACAGGGCUAUAAGAAGGCUUUGUUAGACAUCAUCUCAUAUCGUGCUGCUUCUGCUAGGAGAUCGAGUCUCAUGACGGAUAAAGGACUGAAUCCUGCAUCUGCAAGAUCACAACAAAAUGAUUAUAUAUUGGGUAUUUUGCAACGAAUGAAAGCCGAUAAGGGGUUAGUAUUUGAUCACUCUAAUGUCAUCAAAAGUGAAUUGGUUCUUAUGGCCACCCCAAAUCGUUUCCACCCUCCAUAUAACUAUUUAAAGCGUAUAAAGGAACGCUUUUUCGUUCAUAUAGACCCUAUAGAUGUAAAAGGAUCUGACAUUACGGCUCUGCAUCUGAAUGUUCACGGCGAAAGUGCAGAUGUUGAUGCUUGCGUAACAUAUCUCAAGAGUUUGGAAUUCCACUCAUCGAAGCAAAUACAUAUCGAUUACGAACGUAUCAAAAAAAUAUUUGGUGGUUUGUCAGGCUUAUCACAAAUUGAUGAAUCCUUUAAUGUGAUGACAUUCUAUUACCAGGGUGCUAUAGACCUCAUAGGUAGCCGUGAUGGUGUUAAUUUAGCAUUCAACUAUAUAGAUGAGAAGAUCAAGGCAUUUGAAAGUAAUGUUGAUGUUGGGAAGAGCAUUUCCGCUCCCGCUACGUUGGCCGAACACGAGGCUCGCAAAGUACAGCUGCAGUAUGAUUUCUUGGUUUGCAAGGCAUUAUCUAUGCGCUUCAGGAAUUUGGUGCGCAAUAUUGAGGCCGAUUUGGGAGUAUCGGUAUCGUUUGAUUUUACAGCGAGAGAUGGCAAGGCUGCAAUGUAUGUAAAUGUAGACAGUACGUACAAAACGGAUGAUCAAUCUGCUACAGGCCGUAUUAAAACGGCUGUUACCCAACUGGAGGCUUUGGCAGCAUCUAUGGGAACCGUUGAAAUUCCUGGUACAAAUGAUGAGGACGUCAUGAGCUACCUAUUUUCAGAAGAUAUAUUAAGGUGUCGUUUUGUCUCACCGGACUUUUGCAUGCAUCGUUACGGAGGCAUGGUCCAUAUUGUCGGUAAGAAGAGCGUGCUGAAAGACGCUUUGGUUCGUGUGAAAACUUUGCUACUUAACCGGAACAUGAAGCCUAGAGAGUUACAUGUGGAGGCUGAUAUGGCGUUUAUGCUUUCUCCUUCGACGCUGUCAGCAGUGGAGGAUUGGACCGGUGUAACUAUACUGAUUCGUGAAUCUAUUAAUGGUUCAGUGCUUGUAAUCUAUGGUAAUAAGGAGCAGCAGGACGAGUGCGUGAAACAAGUAGAAGAAAUACUUAGCACUCAUGUUGAGUAUACUUUCGACCUAUCUUCUGCCCAUAUGGCCGUAUUGUCCGAUAACAAGUACCGUAUAAUACGUGACUUGGAAGACAAGACUCACGUUCAUAUUGUGGUAAAGAAGGUUUCAAAUGAACUCAUUUUCCAUGGUCAAAGGGAGAAGGUUGACGAAGCAGUAGAUGUCAUGAAGGCAUUCACAGAGAACUUCGUCUGUCUCGAUAACACUAAAAUCAGUGAUAUUACAAUAACUGGUGAUUUCUAUGCCUGGAUACGUGUCCCCAAACGACACAUCGGUGCUGUCAUUGGUAAAGGUGGUUCCACGUUACGUGAUAUAAUAUCAAAUGCUGGACUUCGAAACAUAUUUGUUAACCGUGGUGACAAUUCAGAUGAUAUUGUAUGCUUUGAAGGUAACAAGGUUGCUGUGAAGAAUGCGUUAGAAGUGCUAAGUCACAUUUUGGAAUUUGACGGGGUGAACCAACAGGAUAGCCCUAUAGAAGACUUCUUAGUCGGCAGAUAUAGUAGCACGCAUUCAGUGCUGCGCACCAAUGUACCUACGACUGUCGAGCGUAGUUCAAAGCCCGCGCGCAACAGUGGUAGUAAACCGAUUGUGUUCGAUUGCCGCGAUGAUGAUUUUCCGGCUCUUGGUAGCAAGAUGUAAUGUGCGCCAAUGAGUAACCCUUUGAUAAUGUUUUUAUCAAAUAUUCUUAU